UAACCCGGAGGCAGAGCACGCGAAGGAACAGCAUGGUGAGACUUGUACCACAAUGCAUCACUUGGCAUCACGACUCUAUCUCCAACAUGGCGUCGCUGGGAAGGAGGCGCGGUGUCCCAGUAAGCAGGGAGAGGGGAGUGAUGGCGGCGACCGACUGCUACAUUGUUCACGAGAUCUACAAUGGGGAGAACGCACAGGACCAGUUUGAGUAUGAGCUGGAGCAAGCACUGGAGGCCCAGUACAAAUACAUUGUUAUUGAGCCCACACGCAUCGGAGAUGAGACGGCGCGGUGGAUUACGGUGGGCAACUGCUUGCACAAGACGGCCGUGUUGUCAGGCGCCGCUUGCCUCCUGACACCGCUUUCCCUGCCUCCGGAAUACUCGCGCUACGUGGCGCUGCCCGCCGGCGCCCUCAGUGUGGCCUGCGCUGCCCUCUACGGAAUUUCGUGGCAGUUUGACCCCUGCUGCAAGUACCAGGUGGAAUAUGACAGCCAAAAACUGUCGCGGCUGCCCCUGCAUACACUCACCUCCUCCACGCCCGUGGUCUUGGUACGCAGGGAUGACAUCCACAGAAAGAGACUCCAUAACACGAUAGCACUGGCCGCGCUGGCGUACUGCGCCAAGAAGAUAUAUGAACUCUAUGCUGUAUGAGUGCACUCUGAAGACCAUUUAAGAACCAAUGGGGAAAAAAGGAAAAUUAAAAAACCAAGAACAACAACAAACCUAUCCACAGUCUGGUGUAUGAAAAGUGGAAGGUCACAAUCGGGCCCACAGCACCUGUGGUGGCUGCUCCCAUGUUGAACUUUGAUCAGAGGGAUAUAGUUAAAACUAGAAGGAAGUCUUUUUUUUUUUUUUUUUUUUUUCCUUUCUCUCCUCCCCCAUUUGUUUUCUUUAAGUGACAACCACAGCACACACGAUCUCUGUAGUACCCUUGUCCCUCCUUUCCUGCAUUCUGACCCUUCAAAGUUCGUGUAAAGGCUCCAACAGAACCUGCCUGUUUGAGCUGAACGGACGUGAUGAGAGCUUUACCCUUUCCCUCGUAGUUUUGCUGUACUCCCUUACUUGCUGAUCAGUAACUCACCUUUCAUUAAACAUUAGGCUAUUUCAAA